AUGAUUGGCGUUCUCUUGUUUCUCAACUCGCGGGGCGACGUCGUCCUCUCGCGCGCGUUUCGCGACGGCUUCAGCGUGCGAGGCCUGGCCGAGAGCUUCCGCAACCGGCUCCUCUCGACCGGCAUGGCGGAGCGCAGCCCGAUCAACAUCGUCGACGGCCUCUGCUUCGUGCACCUGCGGUUCCAGGACCUGUACGUGGUCCUCGCGUCGGACGGAAACGGCAACUGCUUCGCCUCCUUCCAGUUCAUGCUUCACCUGCUGGAGGUGUGCCACGCGUACCUAGAGGACAUCACGGAGGAGACGCUGAAGGACAACUUUGUGGCCCUGCUGGAGCUCAUUGAUGAGAUGAUGGACUUCGGCUACCCGCAGACCACGGAGCCGGGGCUGCUGCAGACGUUCGUCGGCGCCAAAGGGAUCGACGCUGCACGGAUGAAGCGGCCGGCGGAGGCGGAGGGGGUGACGACGCGGCUGACGGGAAAAACGCCGUGGCGCAGCAGCGGCCUCUGGUACCGCGUGAAUGAAGUAUUUGUAGACGUCUUGGAGGAGUUGUACGUGCUGGUCUCGCAAACCGGUCAGGUGCUGGAGAGCAACAUCGCCGGCCGCGUGGUGGUGAAAAGCUUUCUCUCGGGCAUGCCGGAGUGCCGUCUUGUGCUGAGCGACGAGGUUGGCCAGUACGACGCCUCCUACCACGCGUGUGUCUCGCUGCAGGCGGAUCGCACCCUCGCCUUUGUGCCGCUGGACGGCGUGUUUUUGCUGAUGCGGUACCGCGCCGCCCUCGCCGCCCCACCCCCGCUGAAGGUGCUGCACACCCGCUUCACGGAGGUGUCGAAGACGCGCACCGAGGUGGAGUUUGGGCUCAAGUGCGAGAUCGCGGCGGGGCUGCGCUGCGACGAGGUGGAGGUGCGCAUCCCGUGCCCCGAGAACACGGCUGAUGUAAAGGUGAACGUCGCACGCGGGCACGCGAAGUUUGACGGCGUUCAGCACGCCGUCAUCUGGACGCUGCCGAGCGUCUCGCGGAAGGACGAGGAGAUGCUGCUCGCGGCGGAGAUCGUGCUGCUCGCCCCCACCGUCGCCGCCUCCGAGCAGGCGUGGGCGCGGCCGCCCAUCAAGAUCAGCUUCACCACGCCCUCCCACGCUCUCAGCGGGUUUUCGGUGAAGGAGCUGCGGGUGGAGGAGCCGCUGCUUCGCUACACCCCCUCCAAGUGGGUCCGCUACUUGACAACAGCAGGACAAUAUGAAUGGCGGCUCUAG